AUUUUUCUACAUCUCGCUCGUCAUCUCACGUUCCUUUUCUCCCCUCGUUGCUGCUGUCGUGACCACCCUUCAUGACUUUGUUGCCCUCCUAUUUCCCGACCAUAUAAUCUUUCUUUCUAACCCUGGGCGUGCUGGGUUGACUACUGUCGUCGCCCUUUUUUCCUUUACUUUUCUUUUUGUCGGAAACAUGUAUCCUACUACAGCCCCCCUCGAUCUGGAUUAUCUGAAUGAACAAUUGCUGCCCCGGCGAUACGAAUCCGAAGAGGAGGAGACAUCAGAAUCGGAAUUGGGUGCUCACGACCAUGCCUUUUCGCCCGUCAAGACUGCCGGUCCCUUCGACUCCGAUACGAGCGAUGAACUUUCCACUGUGAAUUCCCCAGAAUCGCCGGUGGACAAACCGUUUGCCCGCCUUCUACCUGCCUACCCCUCCGGCAAACCAAGUCGACCGGUGUCGAUAGACACCGUGAAGCGAAGCAGUGGCACAACAUUCGUCCCCGAUUCGUACAUCUUCGACGAUGAUGAUGAUGAUGUGAUCAUCGAACUGCCCUCCCCUACGUCGACCUCCCCCUUGCAAUCUCCGAUCUUCCUACAGCCCACGGUCUAUCAGCCACCCGCGUCGCCACGAUCUCCGUCGCCCGCCCUGGCCGACUCGGAUGACGAGACGGACGUGCUCGUCGCCGAGCAGAUCACCUUCGUGGAACCCAGCGCCAAACCUAAUCUCAUUCUAAUCAGCCCCGUCACGGACAGCCCAGUGGUCGAGGAACCGGAACCCAUGUCGGCAGUCUCGGCGGGUGUCCCCGACCGCUUCCCCCCCGGCCGUGGACUCUACUCCUUGGACCAAGGCACCAAGUCACAACCCUUGUUGAGCGACAAACGACCCGACCAUUUGCACAUGAAGCGCGGCAGUCUGCAGUUGCACAGCAAAUACGCGAAAUCAACGCCCCGACGGGCCGAGACGGACCCCUUUACCACCCCCCGGGCGCUGGCGGACGUGCCUGAAACAUCCCCGCCGAUGUCCUCGCGCUCGCGGGCCAUGACUUGGAACCGACCACAGACUUCCGCCGACAGCGCAUCGAACCGCGGCCCCCAAGCGGGCCCACUCCGCCGUCCGCCGUCCAUGCAAAAUGUCGGUGGCGGUUACACACUGUUCCCGAGCACCAGACGCACACCGGGUUAUCCCAGCGACGAAUUCCACGCGCGAUCGAGCUCCCUGUCCUACUCGAUCGCCAGCUCCGACCUGAGCCUACCUUCCCGCACCUCCAGCCCGGCGCCGUAUUAUUCAUCGCCGACGUUCAACCGACACCGAUCGGGAUCCAACUACAGCAUCUCGAGCGUUCCGGGCAACCUCAGCCAGCGGCCGCCGAUACGACACUCGAUGAUGAUGAAGAGCGCGACGGCACCCAGCGUGUACUCGGCCAGCAGCCUGCGGUCGGAAGUGGAGAGCGUGUACAGCAUGGACCCACGGGAGGGGGCAGAGCCGGAUGCCAAGGCGGCGCGGCGGAAGAAGAGUUUUCGACGCAGCAAACCCCCCAAGCUCGAGGCUCCCGAGCCGCUCCCGACCAGCGCGCCCAAGAGUUUCAUGGGGUUCAUGUUACGAGGUCGGAGGAAGUCCACCAUUCAAAAGUAAUGCUUAAUCUGUGAAUCUGUGUGCCGGGGGGGAACUAGUGUUUCAUAUUCAUCUCUUUAAUCACCUGUUUGGGAAUGGUUGCUUGGCGUUGGUUAGCGAUGGAGCGGCUGCUUGAUCGACUACAGUAUGCACUGGAUGCUUCUCUUUACAUUGUUGGAUGUUUGUACCAUAGCUAUGGCCUCAGGGCAGGCCCAAUGACGAUUGAACAUAUGACUACAUAUGUAGAACAGUGAUCAUAUAUCCACC